GCUAAAUCCAUUUUUUUCAUGCAAACUUUCUCAUCAACAUCUGUCACUCUUCUCCACGCGUCCAUUCUCCUCUUCCUUUAUAUUCACUCCCACCUCCUUCCCCUUUUUUCUCAUCCUCAAUUCAUUUUAUUUUUAUUAAAUAAAUUCAAAUUCGACCUUCUCCACCACCGUCCAUGGCUGAGCAACACUCCCGUACCCAGCAGCAGCAACAAAUGCAACAAAUUCACCCAACGGAGGCUAUCAAAAGCCUUCUUCCCCAAAAAGGUCCUUCUAAAUCUCAAAUCCUCGCCGUCGUCACUCUCUUCCCUGUCGGUGGAGCUCUCCUCUGCCUCGCCGGACUUACGCUCGUCGGAACUCUCAUCGGACUUGCCGUCGCCACACCUGUCUUCCUGAUUUUCAGUCCGGUUUUAGUCCCGGCGGCACUGACAAUCGCGCUGGCUGUCACCGGAUUUUUGACGUCCGGUGCGUUUGGGAUAACGGCGUUAUCGUCGUUAUCGUGGAUGAUUAAUUAUAUGAGGAGAAUGAGGGGAACAGGUGGAGAGCAGAUGGAGCAUGCGAAGAGGAGGGUGCAGGAAGCUGCAGGUCAUACGGGACAGAGAACAGGCCAGAAGGAGACUAGUAGAAUGCGUGAUUGAGAUUUGUUAAAAUCUGGAGUACUCUUUUUAAAGUUCUGUGUUUUGUUAAUCAUAAUUUAAUAUAUGUGUAUGUAUUUAUCUUUUAAGUGCUUAAUGUUGCAGCCUCUUGAUUUUCUAGUACUCUAAUAAAAUGCGUGAGCCUUUUUGUUUUUGGUA